AUGGUGGUUGCCCGUGGUAACAAGACCGGUACCCUCUACCAAACUUCACACGCUAGUGACACACUCGCGAUUGCUGCAGACAAGGAGAGUGCAGAUCUAUGGCAUAAUAGGCUGGGACACAUGAGUGAGAAGGGUAUGAAGAUUCUACACUCAGAAGGAAAGCUAAUUGGCAUUGAUUCGGUGGAAGUCGGUGUUUGCGAAGACUGCAUCUUCAGGAAGCAGAAGAGAGAGAUAAACAAGCUGAAGAAGCAGUUAGCAAAGGAGUUUGCCAUGAAAGAUCUGGGUGCAGCGAAGCAAAUUCCUGGGAUGCGGAUCAGCCGAGAUGCGGCUGAGGGGACGUUGAAGUUGAGUUAG